AUGACCACAGUUACUGUAUCUGCUGCACUGAAAUCUUCUAAGUCAACUAAACGGUACAAAAGUGUGAGGAGGAAAGCCAGCAUCUACAGAGUCCCACCGCACAGCAAUUCUGAUGAAGACGAUGAAGCUGACGGCAAAGAAGAAAAUAAUGAUCCAGAAACAAUUUUUCAGAAUAUUCAGAUCCAAAAGGAAACUGUGGCAAACAUUCGUUGUAGACCUUGGCCCAUGAGGGAGAAGUUAAGAGCACUCAAACAAGCCAAAGAAAUAGUCUUAAAAUACGAAGGAAGAUUAACCAGGACGAGAGGAUACCAAGCAGCGGGAGCAGAGCUCUGGAGAAAAUUUGCUCGCUUGUCGUAUAACUUUGUUGUUCUUUUCAUUCCUUGGGAAAUGAGAAUAAAAAAGAUAGAGAGUCAUUUUGGGUCUGGUGUUGCCUCAUACUUUAUAUUCUUGAGAUGGCUAUUUGGAAUUAACAUUGUUCUGACAAUACUGACUGGAGCUUUUGUUGUUCUACCAGAGAUUUUAGCAGGUGCCCCCUUUGGAAGUACCACGAGCAAGACAAUCCCUGAGAAAGACUUUCCAUCAGCCCAAGAUCUGGACACCAUCUGGUCACUGGGGGGCUAUCUCCAAUACUCAGUGUUGUUUUAUGGUUAUUACGGCAAAGAACGGAAGAUAGGAAGUGCUGGGUAUCGUCUGCCACUGGCAUAUUUCCUUGUUGGGAUGGCUGUUUUUGCCUACAGCUUUAUCACAUUGUUAAGAAAAAUGGCAAAGAACUCAAAAAUGAGUUUAGCAAGUGCGUCAGAUGAAAACUACACAUUUUGCUGGAGAGUAUUCUGUGCCUGGGAUUAUCUUAUUGGCAAUACAGAAGCUGCCGAAAGCAAAUCAGCUGCCAUAGUCAACAGCAUCAGGGAAGCAAUAUUAGAAGAACAGGAAAAACGAAAAAGCAAAAACCUUGCAGUUACAAUAAGCCUUCGACUUCUUGCAAAUAUUCUGGUUCUUCUGUCAUUGGCUGGGAGCAUAUACAUUAUUUAUUUUGUGGUGGAUAGAUCACAAAAAUUGGAACGAACAAAAGCUGAACUAACACUUUGGGAAAAAAAUGAGGUUAGCGUUGUUGUUUCACUAAUCACAAUGAUUGCUCCUUCUGCAUUUGAACUUGUGGCUGCUUUAGAGAUGUACCACCCCAGAACCACUUUACGAUUCCAGCUAGCGAGGGUUCUUGUAUUAUAUCUCGGAAAUCUUUACAGUUUAAUUAUUGCACUGCUGGACAAAGUGAACAGCAUGAGUGUAAGUAGUGUAAGUAGUAACAGUAGCAAUGACACAAUUAUAGAUUCAGCACCUCUUUUUGCCAUGACGACAGCUCCUAAUUUGAGACUGGGCCCAAACUCUACAUUUAUUAUAGAGUUGGAGCAGAACUCAACAAAGCCAGUACCAUUGUUCAACCAGACAUCAGCUUCUGUUGUUUCAGCCAGUCAAAGUCAAAAGAAUGAGUGUUGGGAAACCUAUGUUGGACAGGAAAUGCUGAAACUUUCCAUUAUUGAUAUGAUUUUUACAGUGGCAAGCAUUUUACUUAUCGACUUUUUUCGUGGCCUUAUUGUUCGGUACUUGAGUGAUUGUUGCUGUUGGGAUUUGGAAAGCAAAUUUCCAGAGUAUGGGGAAUUCAAAAUUGCUGAAAACGUUCUACAUCUGGUAUACAACCAAGGAAUGAUAUGGAUGGGAGCCUUUUUUUCACCAUGUCUACCUGCAUUUAAUGUUUUAAAAUUAAUAGGAUUGAUGUAUUUAAGGAGCUGGGCUGUACUUACGUGCAACGUUCCGCAUCAGCAAGUUUUUAGAGCCUCAAGAUCUAAUAACUUUUACCUGGCUAUGCUUUUGUUCAUGCUGUUCCUGUGCAUGCUGCCAACAGUUUUUGCAAUUGUACGUUACAAGCCAUCCAUUCAUUGUGGGCCAUUCAGUGGACAAGAGAAAAUUUAUGACAUCAUUUCUGAAACCAUUGAGACAGAUUUUCCUGCUUGGUUUAACAAAGUGAUGAGCUAUGUUAGCAGUCCUGUGGUUGUGGUACCUGCGUUACUUCUUCUCUUCAUGUUAAUAUAUUAUCUUCAAAGUAUUGCAAGAUCUCUGAAAUUCACCAAUACUCAACUAAGAGCACAGAUUCAAACUGAAAGAAUGGAAGACAAGAAAAAGGUUAUUAAAAUGGCCGUAGCACGUUUCCAGAAUAAAGAUGGACCUGAAAAAAAGCCAGAGCAAGACAGUGACAUUGUCAGCCAGGAAUCAUCUGCACGUUCAUCAACACCAAGAAAGAAUGGCAGUGUUGUAAAUUUUGAAUCUCCUGUGAGCAAAAGCAGUAGGAUAAAAACUAUAUCACAAUGUGCAACACAUCUGGAUCUUCCUCAACCAACAAAUAUAACUAAAAGUCCAUCUGUGCCAGGCAUAAAAUCACAAAGGACAGAUAAUAUUUCAAACAGGUAUGUCAUUUGUCCUUUUGUAAAUGAUGUCUGUCGUGCCAAGAACUACAAUUCACUAACACAGAAAAAGCGUGUUGAGGAUGUACUUUCUGAACCUCUAUUCAGAAAAGGAGUAAAGCAAAUUACUCCAGAGCAUCAUGGAAAAGGAGCACAAAGUGCUGUUCCUCACCGGUCACAUACAAGGUAUUUUAUAGUUAAUGAGCAUGAUUCACGUAAGAAGCUUCUACGUUCAACUUCCAGGUUACCUCGACAUUUUCGAAUGGAAGAAUCUAGAGGUAUUGUGGAAUUAUACCCAAGAAAUGUCAGAAGAUAUAUUGUUCAAACACCACGCAGGUCUUACUCACCAUAUCUAAGUGAGGAAGAAGAAGAUGAACUACAAAGAGAUCUAAUACGCAAAUCCCAGCGUCCACGUUCACUAUCUGAUCUUCGCCAUCCUCCCCGUUUUUACAUUGGGGACUGUACAGACAGUCAGAUUUUAUCUGGAAGAGAUCUAGUAAAAAUGCAAUAUAAAUCUUGGGAAGGAGGUUUCCAUCUUGGAACAGAUAAAACUCACCAUCGCAAAAAGGAACAUCAGAAAAAUGUAGAAUUCAGUGACCACCUUAUGGAACGUCAAAGAAAAGUGAAAGCGAAACACAAGCCUGAAGCAUAUUUAACAGAGUCGGAUUCUGUUUCAAAUGCAUCUAGCAGUGACCCACAAAAUAGCAGCACUGAUCAGUAUAUACAAGUUAUCCACAACAAAGACAAGUUCAUAAAAGCUAGUGGAAAGCUAGCUAAAAAGAAAUCAAAAGCCGGUGUUGAUUUAAAUGUCUCUCCAUUCAAUGAAUUAAUUUGCUCAAAUGUCUAG